UGGCAAUAAUUCAGCAUUACCACCAAUGAAGUUUAUGGAUAAAGAUGAUUCCUUAAUAAUUAGUUGUGAAACAAAUGAUCCAGAUGCAAAAGUAAAUUUAUGGCGUAAGAAAUCUGGAUCUAGUCCAGCUGUUUCAGCGCAAGAAUUUUUUAAGGACCGUCUCUCAGAGAAGAAUCAGACAUUCAUUAUUAAAUAUUUAACUGUUACUGAUAGUGGAAUUUACUAUUGCAAAGCAUCUAAUGAUCAAACUCAAAAUCUUGAAUUAAAACUUGGAGACUUGGUUGUGUCCAAUUCAUAUUCUGACCGCAUUCCAGAAAUUUUCCCGCAACCUGAAAACAAUACAUUGGCUAUAGAAUCCAAUGGCAACAAAAAUAUAACAUGCAAAACAAUUGGUGCUGCUGGAUUAGAUGCAUCAUAUUUAACAUGGUAUAAAAUAGUUGAUAAUGUUCCUGUUCCUGUUGACAAAUCUCAAGUUGUUCGUCAAGAAGAUUCUAUUCAAUCUCAAGUUAUUGAUAUUGAGAUUUUGAUGUUUAAAAAUUAUCAAGCCUCUGAUGGAGGAAAAUUUGUCUGUGAGAGAAAAGUCCGCGACAAAAAAGCUACGUCAACUUUUAUUAACAUUGUUCUGGAACCUGACAGAGCACCUGUUGUUCAGUUUCCAUUUCAAAAUUCAAGUUUAAUAGUAUUAAAUGUUGAUGAUAAAAGUUUCCAAAUAUCUUGUUUGGUUUCGGGUUCACCAAAACCCAAGAGGCAGUGGCUAAAAGAUGAUAAAGUUGUCCAAAACUGCAUUGAUGAUAGUGAAUUUUGUCAUUUAUACAUCAAUGGUGUUUCAUAUCCCAAAGAUAAUGGGUUAUUCAUAUGUGUUGGAGAAAAUACAGUUGGGAAAGGAAGCAAAUCUGUAUUUAUACAGGUUAAUGUUCCUAUCAAGCUAAAGAAGCAACAACAAACUGCUAUUGCAAAUACCCAUGAUUUGAAAGCAAUAUAUUGUGAGGUUCAAAAAGGAAAUCCACUUCCUGUCUUUAGAUGGGAAGUAAAAUCUAAAUCAUGUGAUACUACUAACCCAAGGUGUGAUAUAGCUGCAGAAUGGUCAAGCGUUUUAGAGCAAUACCCUGAAAAAACUGAUCGCUCCAGCUUCAGCUAUAUUUUCAGUGAGGAAUCAGAAGCAUCUUACAGGUGUUUGGCUCAAAAUGAUUUCAGCAAGGAUGAAAGUAUAAUAUCAGUUGUGAGAACAGAUACCACAGCUCCUGAAUUUUCCUUCUAUCCUUUUAAAAAUGAAAUUCUCAAUGAAGAAGAUAAAUUUUACUUGAAAUGUGAAGCAAGUCAGUUACGUUAUGAGUCAUCUGUUUUAAAGAAAGGUGAUCAAGUGCUUAAUGCCAAAUCAACUAUCAACUCUAUGGCUAUGGUAUUAGAGUAUGAAAUUUCUUCAGUGUCCAUGGCUGAUGCUGGGAAUUAUGAAUGUAUUGGAAAGUUAAAACAAGGAAAUGUAACAAAAUUGUUGCGCAACAUUGUUGUACAAAAGUUAAUCAAACCUUCUAUUAAUAACUUCAAUGACUUGACAUUUUUUCAAAAUGUUGAAAAAAAUAAAGAAUUGAGAUGCAAUGCAUCAGGUAAUCCUCAGCCAAAAGUGACUUGGAAACGUAAUGGUAUUUUACUAAAUGAUAUUCCAAAUCUUAAAUCCAUUGAAAGUUGCAAGCAUUCUACAGAUGGGAUCUAUAUUAUGGAAAACAAUGUAUUAAUGCUUUGUAACUUGAAAUUCAAAGAGCAUGAUGGCAUGUAUGAAUGUACAGCUUCUAACAAAGUUGGUGUGGUAUCAAAAGUUAUGAAUUUAACUAUAAAAGCUAAGCCUGCCAUAUUGAAGUCUGAAGUUGUUUUUAUGGCACCUUCUUCUUUACAGCUUACUUGUGUUUCAUUAGCUAACCCACCUGCCAAUGUCACAUGGUAUAAACUUAAUCAAAAGAAUCAAACGUUUUAUCUUAGCUCUCAGAUGGUUACUAUUCAAUACACCAUUGAAAAUGUAGAUUCUAGAAACUCUGAUUCUUACAUGUGUACAGCUGCUAAUGAGUUAGGGAAGAUUGAAAAUAUUGUCACUGUAAAACCAAGUAUUUCAGAUAAAAUGAUUGGUUCAAUAAAGAGAGAAACUCUGAUUGGUGUUCUUGUUCCUGCUAUCUUAAUUUUAUUAGUUGCUUUUAUUGGUAUAGUAUUGUACAGAAAUCAUUUAAAAAACAAAUAUGCUCUUUAUCUUGCUCCAGACAAAGAUUAUGUUAUUGACCCAGAUCGAACAUUGUUUGAACAAAGUGGUGAGCUACCUUAUGAUACAGCUUGGGAAUUUCCGAGAGACAGACUAAAGUUUAUUAAAACAUUGGGUUCAGGAGCCUUUGGAGAAGUUUGGUUAGCUGAGGCAGAAGGAAUUAAUGAUUUCAGGCCUCGUGAUCUAAGCACUGCUGCAAUAAAGCAAAGAAAACUUAUGAAGAAGCAAUCAAGGCGUUAUACAAAUUUAACCAUUCGCUACAAAAAGAAUAUUAAUUCUAGUAAAAUUGAGUUAGAAAAAACAAUGGUCGCUGUAAAAACUUUAAAAGAGGAUGCUUCUGAAGCUGAGUAUAAAGAUUUGGCCACUGAAUUAAAAAUUCUUAUACACUUGGGAGAACACAAAAAUAUAGUUAACUUAUUAGGUGCAUGCACAACAAAAGGUGAGAAGUUACAUGUCAUAUUAGAAUGCUGUCCUGGGGGUAAUUUACUUAACUUUUUACGUUCGAAAAGAGAAGUUUUCAAACCAUUUUGGUUUAAAAAAGAAUUAGACAUGGAGAAUGAAUUUACAUUCAUUGAUUUACUGAUGAUUGCUUAUCAAGUAUCAAAAGGAAUGGACUUUUUACAGUCUCGAAAGUGCGUCCAUCGUGAUUUAGCUGCUAGAAAUGUACUUGUUGGUCCUGAUUAUGUAAUGAAAGUGGCAGAUUUUGGUUUAGCACGUGACAUUUAUAAGAAUGAGUUUUAUCUAAAAGAAACUACUGGUCUAUUACCUGUAAAAUGGAUGGCUCCUGAAUCUUUAUUUGAUAAAAUUUAUACUUCAAACAGUGAUGUAUGGUCUUAUGGUAUUCUUUUGUGGGAAGUGUACACUUUAGGUGGUUCACCCUACCCUGGUUUACCCACUGAAGAACUAUUUUCUUUCUUGGAAGAUGGACGUAGAAUGGAUUGUCCAGAAAUUUGUCCUAAAGCAAUUUAUGAAAUCAUGUUGGAUUGUUGGAAAAAGAGCCCUUAUGACAGACCAUUGUUUGCACAGAUAACUGAGAGGCUAAACAAUGUUUUAAAGCAAAAUGUAGCAAGUAGUUGUGAUUAUCUCCUUGAUAGUGAUUAUUCAAAUGGCAAUAACUAUUUAACACCUGCAAACUUUCCACGUAAAAAAUCUUCAGAUUAUUUGAUGGACGAGAAAAUUUCUUCAAAAAAGCGCAACUAUGUUCCAGAACCAAAUCAAAGAUUGCUUGCAGAAGAAGAGGAUAUGACUGACUCCGCAUUACCACCACUUCCUAGCUACGGUGAUGGUUAUACUCCAAUGAACGCAGAAACCUAUAAAUUUCCACGGAAUUUCAAAUAUGACAAAGAAGUGUGUGUAUAAUAUAAAUAAACAUGACAUUUGUUAAACAACUUAUUGUUUAAGAAUUAAAGGACAAAAGUGGAUAGAGAUAUACGCCUAAAAAUGCGAAAUAAAGAUAGCAUAAAACAAAACUUUUAAUUAAGAAAAGAACAAAUUUAGUAAUGACUUACAAUACGAUGACUUACAUGAUGCUAGCUAAUUUCAUUAUUUUUCAAAAAGUAGUUAUCGGAAAUUAAUUGUUCCUAGUCGUUAAAGUAGAGUUUAUCAGCUCCUAUUGACCAAAUUUUUAUUUCAGUUUGAUUAUCAUGCAGGUGUCUUCAUUUUUUCAUUAUUAAAUCCUGUCAUGAUAAAGUUGCUGCAUGUAGAUGUUUUUUUACAAAACAAAACUUUUUUAAAAAUAAUUACUUAUUACCUUGGUUACCUUGGUUAACAAGAAAAAUAGUCAUAUAAAUAUUUUACACUUUGCACAGAGAAAAAAAUUCUUUGAAAAAUAUUUUCAAUUUUUUUUAAUUAUAUAGUUAUUUUGUAAAUAUUUUAUAUUAGAGAAUUACUAUUUGUAAAUGUAACUUUAUUUUUACGGUGGUAUUGUAGCUGAAUUAAAUUUUUUUUAUUUUUUGAGAAAACGUAUUGGGGAAAAUGCAAAUUUUUAGGGAGGGAUGCAAAGAAUAAGGAAUUUUCUUUUUUUUCUUUUUUUUUUUUACAGUUGCUUUUCAAGCAUCUGGGGAUAAGGCGUUUGUUAAAUGAUUCUUCACUUGUUGUAAUUCUUUUUAUAUAUAUAUAUAUAUAUAUAUAUAUAUAUAUAUAUAUAUAUAUAUAUAUAUAUAUAUAUAUAUAUAUAUAUAUAUAUAUAUAUAUAUAUAUAUAAAAUUAAAUCUGUAUUUAUAUAUUUAUGUUGAUUGUAGACUACACCGUGUUAAUAAUGCUAUUUGAUGAUACAGUUUUUUCUUAUUUUUAAAGCAUGGUUUUGUUCAAAUUAAACUUUCUGCUUUUGACGUGUAGCUUUUCUGAAGAAUUUUUACUUUUAUUUUUAAAUUGUAACCUUUUUUUUUUCUUCUUUAUUUUUGUUUGAUUUACAAGAAUUUUCUUUUUUACUUAAAUUACAGAAUAUUUUUAAAUUUUUAUUUUAUUAAAUUGCACUUUAACGUUAACUUGUUUACUUUACGACUAUUAUUUUAUUUAUAUAUUAUAUCUUAAACGUAAAAGUAACAAUUUUAUUGUAUUAUAUGUAUGAUACUCAUUGUAGUUAGCAUUGGUUCUUUAA